CUAUAUCUACAAAGCUUCAGAACAUCUGAAUUUCAGUGAGGAUUUCGUAUCUUGUAGGGACUUAAUGGGGAUGUAUGUUUGAAGGUUAAAUGACAAAUCGGGAAGGAGGAGAUCUUGUUAGCAUAAGAAAUGUAACAACAGGAGUAAAUAGUACACUUGAGAAAAUACAUUUAUUCUCACUCUCAGUGCACUAGUGUUACCAGUUUGUCAAGGCCAGCUCUAUUCACUUCAGGGUGUGACACUCUUUUCCCAACACAAUGAGGUGCUUUAAAUACCAACAUUGUGGAUACAUGGCCAUAAAUUGCAAGUGUGAGGCAACUUACGGCAAAUGUGGAAAGGUUGUAUAUGGACCUUGAACAAUGUGUUCCUUUUCUAUAUAUUUUGCAUGAAAUGCACUGGGAAGCACACAGUACGUAGUCACAAGUGCUCAGCUUUCACUGAGGGGGAAAAAAAUUGAGAGACUCAAGGUCACAAAACAGGCCCCUUAUGCCAAAGUGAAAAAAGCCUACGAUUCUAUUAAACUGAUAGUCCUCGCAGCACCUUUUGCAGCAGUGGCUGUAAACACACUGGAUUUAAGAAAUUCUUCAACACAGAUCUCAUUUGCAGAACUUUGGACAAAAAUAUGUACCUAUUAGUGCAAUAAGGUCAAUUGCGUGUAUCAGCAAAUCGGAGGAGGAUGCAAGAUGAUGAUAAGUCUGUUUUGCAUAGUGUAACUUUACCAAAUGAUAAAGCAUGUAGCAGAAAAGUUAAAAGGCUGGCCAUUAGAAUCUUUGUAAUGUGGUCAGUUCAACUAACCAGCUUGUCAUGUUUCAGAUGUCACAAUGACAGAAUCUUCUACUGAGUAAAACUUACUGCACAUCAUUGUCUGGAUAACAGAGUUGAAGAGAGAAAGGGGUGGAACUGUGUUCUGGAAAUACCAUCUGUUUAAUGCAGUCUGACAGAACUCUUUAAACAAGGCACAAGGCUGAUUCACAUAUAUUCUGGGUGUUGACAUAUGGCUGUGAACCUUGGACAGUGGUUUCAGGUACAGCAGAUUGAAUGCCUGCUGCUCGCUGUCAGUCAAUUGAUGUCUUUACUGAACAAGCAUGCAGUACUGCUGCCGUUAGAUGCUCCAAAAAUUUUCCCAUAUCACAGCCAGAACGUAGAAUGGUCAGACUACUGGGUGCAAUUAGAAGCAUACUUUUCUGCCUACCAAAUAACAGAAGUGGCUGAUUACUUGAUUUGCAAGUUGACUUCUAAAAUUAAUAUGGGUAACAGGCUAUGUUCAACUGUCUGUGAAAGCAAAAUGUUGCUGUAGACAACUGAGUCAUUCAAAAAGCAAUAAAAUACCUUCAUCUACCAGCAUUUCAACUUCCAAGCUAUUGUAUACCAAUCCUCUAACUAUAAAAACCAAUCAAAUGUGUAAAAUAACACAUCUCCUUCAUACAGCUUUUUUAUGGCUAUACUUCAUAAUGUAGGAAACAUGAGUAUCAAUUGAACUUUUUUGUUGUUUGUAUCAGGAAUAUCAGAAGAAUGAAUCCACAGCUAAUAAAUGCUAAUUGAAUACAAGACCAUCUCCAAGGAGGAGAGGUCCAAAGUUCGCCAGUAAAUAUUUACAGUGUUACUCACUUGUUUGCUGAUGUGAGUUUUGUUUGCUCAUAGUUACUCACACUAAUGAAUCUAUAAAAUUAGUUAUUUGAAUAAAAAUAUUUUUAGUGAAGAAUAUUUUAAAUUU